GCUGGUAUCCGAAUCUCUCGGUCACACAAGAUUGGUUUCGUCACUGGGUCUUGAUCCGCCGAGUGGAAUCGACCGUCGGCGCCGCCGGUGAAUCGUUGGCUGCCUGGCAUGGGGAAUGGGAUAUCAAGUGGCAGCAGGCCAAGCGGCGGCAACGAAGUCUCUUUGGCGCAGAUCCCGGAGAACGAAAAGUUCUUUGGACUGGAGAACUUUGGCAACACGUGCUACUGCAAUGCCGUCCUCCAGGUGCUUUACUUUUGCGCGCCGCUUCGAGCACACUUGCUCUCGCAUGUCCAGCAGAAGGGUCUGGCCAAGAGGAAGCUCGACGUUAAGGACAAGACUCUUCUCGAUUGCAUGGCCGAGCUAUUUCACAAGAUCUCGAUGCAGAAGAAAGCCAUGGGGUACGUCACGCCCAAGACGUUCGUGGCGAGGCUGCAGCUCGACAACGAAAUGUUCCGCGGCUCGAUGCACCAAGACGCACACGAGUUUCUCAACUUCGUGCUGAAUGCAAUGUGCGAUCAAGUGGAAGCCGAGCUCAAGGCGGCGACAGGGCUCACGUCGUCGGUUGUGUCUGCACCGCCGUCACCGACAUCGCCUUCGUCCGCCUCUCCGUCGCCGUACAAGACUUGGGUGCACGAGAUCUUUGAAGGCGUGCUCACAAACGAGACGAAAUGCCUCGGCUGCAGCACCAUCACAAACCGCGACGAGGCCUUCCUCGACCUCAGCGUUGAAAUCGAACCCAAUACAUCCUUGACCGCGUGCCUCAAAAAGUUUGGCGCAGUCGAGACGCUCGCAGGGAACGACAGGUUUUUCUGCGAUACGUGCCAUGCCCUGCAGGACGCCGAGAAGCGCAUGCACAUGAAACGGAUUCCGCACGUCCUGGCGCUGCAUCUCAAGCGGUUUAAGUACAUGGAGGAGUCGCAGUCGUUUGCAAAGCUAUUCCACCGCAUUUUAUUUCCAUCCGAGCUCAAGCUUCCGCGCGUGCUGGUACGGCUUUGUCGAUGCAGCGCAACGGCGUCGUUCGAUAGGACUCACGGACGCGUCCUCUUCCUAAUUCGACGGCCCCAUUCUAGACGGAUGCAGCUUCCCUCGACUCGACCAAGGUGUACCAGCUGUUUGGCGUAGUUAUUCACAUUGGCAACGGCAUGGACCACGGCCAUUACGUGAGCAUGGUGCGAUGCCAAGAUGUGUGGGUCGUCUUUGACGACGAGAGCGUUCAGAUGGUCGAGGACGACAUGUUAGAGCAGUGCGUUGGGUUCUCGGACGAGGACCCGAACGCGAUCCCAUCCAACACGGCAACGGGCUACUUGCUGUUUUACACCCUGCUCGACUAGGAUAGAGGGAGACUGAAUCUCUGGUAACUUAUCACGCAACAAGCAUGGAAAUGUCGCG